AUGCUGGUGAGAGGCGGGAACCAGGGGCACACCUCUCCUGGGCCUCUCUCCAGGCGCUGACCCCCCAGGCCCUCUCCCUUGCAGAGUCCCGCUGCUUCUCCUGGUGCGGAGCCUCCGAGCGCCCCGGUCCCCGACGGCGCCCCUGCGGCCACGAGUGUCUCUCCGAGGCGCCCGAGGAGGCCCCCGGGGUCGUGCGCACCGCCAGGGCUGGAGGAGGCGCUGAGCGCGCUGGGGCUGGAGGGAGAACGCGAGUACGCUGGGGACAUCUUCGCCGAAGUCAUGGUGUGCCGCGCACUGCCCCAGCGAGCCCUGCCCCGCACUGUGACCCCGGAGAUGCGCGCACUAGUGGUCGACUGGCUGGUCCAGGUGCAUGAGUACCUGGGCCUGGCGGGGGACACGCUCUAUCUGGCAGUGCACCUACUCGAUUCCUACCUAAGGGCGGGCCGGGUGCGCCUCCAUCGUCUGCAGCUGCUGGGUGUCGCUUGCCUGUUUCUCGCGUGCAAAAUGGAGGAGUGCGUGCUUCCCGAGCCCUCCUCUCUCUGCCUCCUGAGCGCCGGCUCCUUUUCUCGGGCUGAGCUGCUGCGCGCCGAGCGCCGCAUCCUGAGCCGCUUGGACUUCCGGCUGCACCACCCCGGCCCCCUGCUGUGCCUGCGGCUGCUGGCUGCGCUGGCGCGGAGCGGCCCCCAGGUGAUGUUACUUGCCGCCUACUUCCUGGAGCUGUCCUUGCUGGAAGCCGAGGCUGCGGGAUGGGAGCCGGGUCGUCGCGCAGCUGCGGCUCUGAGCCUGGCGCAACGUGCGCUUUACGGCGCGGGCUCCAGGCCCCUGUCGGCGUUUUACAGCCCCGAGGAGCUGAGCCCCCUCGAGCCGUGCAUGGCCCGCGCCGCGCUCCGAGGCCCCGCGCCCGGCCGCGCCGCCGUCUUCCUCAAGUACGCGCGGCCCCCGCGCCAGCGUCUCUCAUCCCUCUGA